UGACUUCCGGCUGUUUGUUGUUAUCCAGCUCGUUGGAAGCGACGGUGCGGUGACGUUAAAGACCAGUUUAAUGUCAAGAUGGGGGCUUGUCUGGCGUUGUGCUCGUUAGCCAGCUGUGCCUCCUGUCUGUGUGGCUCAGCACCAUGCCUUCUGUGUGGCUGCUGUCCAUCCUCCAACAGCUCCACCAUCACACGGCUGGUUUUCUCCUUCUUUUUGCUGCUGGGUACCUUGGUGUCCGUCAUCAUGAUCCUUCCUGGGAUGGAGACACAGCUCCGUAAAAUCCCAGGAUUUUGCCAGGGAGGAAGCGCUAUACCUGGUUUUGAAAACCAGGUGAACUGUGAUGUCAUUGUGGGCUACAAGUCUGUGUACCGCAUGUGCUUCGCCAUGACCUGCUUCUUCUUUCUGUUCUCCGCCAUCAUGAUUCGUGUCCGUAGCAGCAAAGACCCACGUGCAGCUAUUCAAAAUGGGUUCUGGUUCUUUAAAUUUCUGAUCCUGAUCGGGAUUACAGUGGGAGCUUUUUUCAUCCCUGACGGAACAUUUGAUACUGUGUGGUUUUACUUCGGACUAGUGGGAUCCUUCAUCUUCAUUCUUAUCCAACUUAUUCUUCUCAUUGAUUUUGCCCACUCCUGGAACAAGUUGUGGGUAGGAAAUGCUGAAGAUGGUGACAACAAAUGCUGGUUUGCAGGCCUGCUGACUUUCACCUUCCUGUACUAUGCACUGGCUGUCACUGCUGUGGUGCUUUUCUACGUUUACUACACUCAGCCUGAUGACUGCACAGAGCACAAAGUCUUCAUCAGCCUCAACCUCAUCUUCUGCGUCAUCAUUUCCAUCGUCUCCAUUCUGCCCAAGAUACAGGAAGCCCAGCCACACUCCGGUUUGCUCCAGGCUUCACUCAUCUCCCUCUACACCAUGUAUGUCACUUGGUCUGCAAUGACCAACAAUCCAAAUCGAAAAUGUAACCCCAGCCUGCUGAGUCUAGUGUCGAACAUCACCACCACUGAGCCAUCUGGUGACGGCACCCCAGGACAGGUGCAGUGGUGGGACGCUCAGGGCAUUGUUGGCUUGAUCAUCUUCCUUUUCUGCACUCUCUAUGCCAGUAUCCGUUCGUCCAGCAACACCCAGGUAAACAAGUUGAUGCAGACGGAGGAGGGCGGAGGGUCAGGCGGAGAGGGUGUGGUGGGAGAGGACGGCAUUCUCCGGGCCGUGGACAAUGAGGAAGAGAAAGUCUCUUACAGCUACUCCGUUUUCCACUUCCACCUCUGUUUGGCCUCUCUGUACAUCAUGAUGACUCUCACCAACUGGUACCAACCAGGCACCACCACCCAAGCCAUGCCGAGCCUUAUGCCAGCUGUGUGGGUGAAGAUGUGCUCCAGCUGGCUGGGCCUCGGACUCUACCUCUGGACCCUCAUCGCCCCUCUCGUCUUCCCUGAUAGGGAUUUCAACUGAGUAUGCCUUGUCUUUUAGCUGUAUUUUGUUGUUUUGUUUCUUGCCACGUGUAUCCGGCUGUGUGAAGGAUACUGUGAAUGAAAUGGGAAGGAUGUUAUAAAGGGAAUACAUUUCUUAUAUUUUGUUUUCAAUUAAUUGCCUCUGCUGGUGUUGUGCUUGUGUUGUUUUACUUCUCUUAGAGUGAUUAUUAAGUGCGAUAAUCUCUACAGACUAAUUGAAAGUGGAAAUAGAUUUUUUAGUAAACCUGAUUUUGGUUACAAUAAUUUACAAUACUUUUUUUUAUAGGCAACUCCCUACCUUCUGCCUGAUGUAGUCUGAACUAUCACAAAGACUCAACAACAAGGCACUUUCUUGAUACCUCAGACAUUUCAGUAACAGAUUCCCUUUUAAGGGCCUGUGAGGGUCUGGAAUCCCUGAUUAGCUGGACUCUUUUUAGUGCUGGAGGCAACUAGGGGAACCCUCCUUAGGAGCCCCAGAGUUAGUUGAGUGUGAGAAUUAGAUAAGACUAAUAUGACACGCCCUGCAUAGCAUAACAGGGCUUCCCUCUAGCUGCUCGGCUGUGUGCAAAUCUACGUCAUUACACGUCAAGUCAGAGAUUCUUAAUAGACCACCAGUCGGAUCUCAGCUCUCCCUCUUCCACUCCAACAUAGGAUCAUUUAUCUCUGGUGCUACGCCUUUCCAUGUCGGACUGUGUUUGGCCCUGUAUAGCAAUCAGUUUGAAGCAGGGAGACGUGUAUUGAUCCAUAGCAGUCAGCAUCAUGCGAUGUGCAGCGGUACGGUUCAGUAGGUGAUAGCUUGAACUCCACAGACCUGUGCUCUCACAAAUGCCAUUAUUUCCAGAAUGUUGCCACACAGCCUGCUAUGGAGUUGAGUUAAAAACAAUAUGAAUUUGACGCAUUUCAGAAAAAUGAAGAAUUGCUGUGAAAUGGUUAUGACUAUCGUAGUAUGUUUAUGGUUGUGAUGGUGGUACAAUCCUUUUAUGCAUUUUAUGGUGUUUACCUCGCUUUCAAUAAGUUUAAAUAAGAUCGAUGUGUUUUGUACUUGUGAACACUUUUGGUACAAUCCUGAGAAUGUUAUUGUCUGUCUAUGUUGUGUUCUUUUCCAACAUUUCAAUGCCCAACCAUAUCAAUCAGAUUUCACUGGUUCUCUCGAUGCAUUAUGAGUAUUAUGAAUGAAGUUUUUCAAAGUGUUUAAACCAAUUCAGACCUUUUUAUUUUUAUUUAUUUUUUUUGGCAGAAUUAACAGUCAAUCAAUCAAGAAUCUUAACAUUUAUAAAUCAAGAAUCAUGAUUACCGAAACGUUGUCACUAUAUAUCUCUGAAUGCAAGUGAAGAAGAAGUUUUUUUUGUUCCAUAUUGUCUACCCUAGGUAUUCUCCUACGCACCUUUCGACCUACUGGUGUGCAAACAUUUUCUCUAUAUAGAUCAUAACUUGUUCAUUUUGAAAACAACGUGCCUUAUUCUAAUCCUGCGUUUCAGAAAAGAACUAAACACUAAUGCGGACAUGUGCUUAUUAUGCCUUGCCUUACAUUGUUGUGAGUCAGUCAUUGCAUGCCAAUAAGGCAUAGGCUUAUGACAUGAAUACAUAUUGUAAUUAAUGUAUUAACACUGUUUUUAAUAAAGAUAGAAAU